GACAGACGGCAGUAGCUAGCAUUAUAACCACAAUUAAACUUCGCCAACGCACUUUCUAGCAACAAUGGCCGCUUCCAGCCUCAAUGUGGUUCGAGUGAGGCUGUAUUUUGAUUAUCCUCCUCCUGCCGUAUCCACCUGUCGUAUGUGUUGGUUGCUUAUAGAUCUCAACAAAUGCAGGGUUGUUGCAGAUUUGGUCAGCGUCAUUAGGGAAAAGUUUGACUACAGCCGCAAGACUUGCUUAGACCUGUUCAUUGAAGACUGCUACCUGCCACCUUCAGAGAGCAUCUACGUCGUUCGGGAUAAUGACAGUAUAAGGGUGAAAGCUGAAAGUUUGUCCCACCUGAAUGGUGCAGAGCCAGACACAUCCAAGAGUAAAGGCAAUAAAAGAACGCGGGAAUCUGAAACACAGGAGGUGGAGGAUGAACAGAUUAGCACCUCGAAAAGGAGAAAAGAAACUGAAAAUAGUCAGGGAACCCAGUUAGAUCUGACUGAGAAUGGCAAGACAAAGAAAAAGAAGAAUAAAAAGAAGAAGAGGAAAGAGGCACCUGCCAGUGAGCUGCUGACAGAGACUCUCAAACAGACCUCUGUAGCUUCAGUGCCUAAACCUCAGCCAGAAAAAUCCACUAAAAGACAGCAACCCUCUACUCCUGUUUUAAAUGGCAAACCGGCUACCAAGAAACCACAGGGAACAUCGUCAGACUCCAGCGACAGCAGUGAUGAAGAACCCCCAAAGAGACCAGCUCAGCCUAAACCUGCCAAGACAACGAGCAGUGUUGCAGCUCCCGUCAGCAAGCCAGGCUUAGCUAAACGCAAGGACAGCCCGUCAUCGUCUGACUCGGACUCUGUUCAGCCUCCCCCUAAAAAGUCACCCGCUGCCAAAUCCCUUCCUGCUAAACCCAAUCCUAGUUCUGCGAAAGCUGCUGUGAAGACAAAGACUAAACCCCUAUCCAAAAAGAAGGCCCAGAGCUCUUCCUCCGACUCUGACUCCAGUGCAGAGAGGCCCCCUCCCAAAAGGACUCCUGUCAGGGUCGCCCCACCUGCCCUGUCAUCAAACCCUAAAGCUUCAGUUUCGGCCUCAGCCGGCAGCUCAAAGAAGCCGCUGGCUAAAUCAGCAGAGACCUCGGACUCCGAUUCCUCCUCUAGUUCAGAGACGCCUCCUGCCCGAAAGCCCUCUGCCAUAGCAACCCCCAAGGCCCCUUCCUCUGCCACAGCAACCCCCAAAGCCCCUUCCUCUGCCCCGACCUCAGCUGCCAGGCCAGCAGCAAAGCCAUCGACUCAACCAGCAGCCAAAGCGGCCGCUAGUGCCUCAGACUCGGACAGCAGUGAAGAGAUCGAGCUGGUCAUCAGAAAACCGGAGCUGAACGGCAUGGGCUUAAAUGUGGCCAGGGGGGUGUCAUCCACUCCUGUCGGAGGGGCUGGCAGGGGCAGGGCGGCUGUGAGAAGCCCAGGAAGAGGCUCGGGGAGUGGGGAGGGAAGGUUUGCAUGGAGAGGGGCUGGUGGCCGAAGUGGCGGAAGAGGCGGACGCGGGAACGGAACACCGUGGAACAAGGGCUUGCGGUAUGACUGUAGCGAUGAGGAUCAGAGGAAGGACAGAAGGUUUAAUGACUCACUGACCAACACCAGUUUGAUCCUGCGGAAUCCACCUGAACCCACUCCCCCACGGGACUAUAAUGGGUUGCCACUGUUGGCUGCACCUCCACCUGUUGGACAGAAGAUCGCCUUUAAGCUGCUGGAGCUGACUGAGAAUUACACACCGGAGGUGUCGGAUUACAAGGAAGGGAGGAUCACUGGAUUCAGUGCCAUCACCAACAUGGUGGAGAUAGAACUGAUGUCCAGACCAAAAGUCUAUACAGAACCGGGUAAAUUUGACCUGGUGUAUGAGAACGCUGACGGUUCUGAGGUGGUGGAGUAUGCAGUGACCCAAGGAUCUCAGCUGACCGAGCGGUGGGAUUCGCUGUUGGAACCGCGGCUCAUUGUGGAGAACGUGGGAUGAGUGUCGUCACGCUGGAGGCAAGCCGAAGCCACAAUCACAGGAAGUGCUGAAGGGGAACAUCUUAACUUUUGUUUUUAAUGUUUAGAACGUUUUUUUCACAUAUGUCAAAAAGAGUUGACUUCCUGGUAAAGGAGAUGAUUUUAAUAUUUUCAAUGUUGAUGUAAACUGUGAAGAUUUAAUAAAUGAAUGUCCUUUAUAAA